AGAUAUUGGGUAUUGGAUACUAGUACUUCUUUUUGUAGGUCGUAUUGGCGUUGAUCCCAGGGUCAUUUUCUGGAUCAAAAGUGUAGCGCGUUCGAAAUUUUACUCAUUCGCCUUAGAGUUUCGAUUCCUAGACUGUUUCACUUCUUCGUUGUCCAGCUCUAUCGUUUGUCAGUUAUCUACAACUGGUAGUUACAAAAGUAGUAUCUAGAUAGUUGUUGUUUCAAAAUGGUACGAAAGCGUUUGGAUGCUAAUAAUGAGACAUCGGAGGCAUGUGAUAACUGUCAUUCAGGUCUUUUGUAUGAAGAAAAAGACGCAGGGUAACUGUUGGUAAUGUGUAUUUAUUAUUUCUUUAAAGGUCACACGCGCACAUUAUCAAAUAUAGGGAUUUGGUAAGUUUUCUACUUGUAGCAAAUAAUCUGUACUACAUCUAGUUCAUACAUGCCAGUUCCAGCGAUCUUGUGAUGUUUUAUGCUGGAAUCCUCCUUACUGUUGUUGUUGGGGCUUCUUUUCCUGUGUCAAUCAUGAUUUUUCGUUGGGUUGUUAAUGAUUUUAUGAAUCCUUUAGGCGUAUCCUAUGGAAAAAUAUACAUUACAUCGGCAUGGUUUGCAGCUGUUGCAGCUUCAACGUUUAUAACAUCCCUUGCUCAAGUGUGGUGUACCAACACCAGUUCUUCACGACAAGUGAAGCAUAUCAGACAACUGCUGAUCCAGGCUAUAUUAAGUCAAGAAGUAGCGUGGAUAGAUAAACAAAACAUCGGAGGUCUUAUAGAUAAACUAACUGAACACACAACGAACAUACGCCUUGGCGUUGGGGAGAAGCUAAAUGAAUUUAUUCAAAAUAUCUCAAGUUUCUUUUUUGGCCUAUGUAUUGCAUUUACAUGUGGUUGGAAGCUUACUUUAGUUGCUUGUGCAACAUUGCCGCUGGUACUCAUUGGUUUCUCUUUGUUUGGUAUUGUUGUAAGAAAGUUUACGCAGAAAGAAAAAGAUGCAUAUUCUAAGUCUAGUGCAGUUGCAGAGGAAGUUCUGAGUGCCAUACGGACGGUGAUUUCCUUUGGAGGCGAAAGUAAAGAAAUACUACGUUAUAGCAAAACUUUGGAUGAUACCACUGUAUGUGGUGUGAAACAAGCAGGUUAUCUUGGAUUUGCCGGUGGAUUUGUUGGCAUGUCAGUAUACACUUCUGCAGCUUUGGUAUUUUGGUAUGGAGUUACAUUAAUCAGACAAGAUGAAUACGACCCAGGAUCUGUAAUUCUGGUUUUUUUGAAUGUUAUUAUUGGUAGCUUAUUUUUGGGCAGUGCCUUACCCAACUUUCGUUAUUUUCAUCUGGCCAAAGCAUCAGCUCAAGAUAUAUUUCAUAUUAUUGAACGGAAACGGUCGGUGGAUAAAGCAUCAUCAGGAAAACAACUUGAUGACUUUAGCGGCAAGAUAACAUUUAACAACGUUACAUUUUCGUAUCCGUCACGUUGUGAAAAAGUGGUACUAAAAAAUCUUAACCUGACCUUAGAGUCAAAACAAACAACCGCUUUUAUUGGUCCUAGCGGUUGUGGAAAGACUACAAUAACUCAGCUUAUUGAACGGUUUUACAAUCCUGACAGUGGACAGAUACUUUUUGAUGACACAGAUAUCUGUUCAUUGGAUAUCAACUGGCUUCGUUCACUUAUAGGCGUCGUUCAGCAAGAACCGGUUUUAUUCUCAGGAACAAUAUCAGAUAAUAUACGUAUGGGUUACCUAAAAGAUGCUGUAUGCGAUGAUGAUAUUGUGGAGGCAGCAAAAUUAGCCAAUGCUCAUGAAUUCAUAAUAAAGUUGCCUAAGGGUUACAAUACAAUGGUAUCUCAUGUGGGUGUAGAAUUAUCUGUUGGUCAAAAACAACGCAUUUCUAUUGCACGUGCACUUAUUCGUAGACCGAAAAUUCUUAUUUUAGAUGAAGCCACUUCAGCAUUAGAUAAUCAUUCUGAAAAAAUGAUUCAAUCAGCUUUAGAAGAUAUAAAAAUUAAUCGUACAGUGAUCAUCAUUGCUCAUCGUUUGUCGACUAUUCGAAAUGCGGAUAAAAUUGUAGCUUUAAAGGAUGGUUACAUCAUACAAACAGGUACACACACAGAACUUUCAACAAUUUCUGGAUUUUAUUCAGCUAUGUUGAAACUUGAGAUUCCUGAAACUAACACUCCAUUUAUCAGUGAAAAUGGGUCAAUUUUGCAGACAGCUGACAAUAAUAAAUUCUUUACUGAGAAUGUAGCAUCAGAUCUAGAUCAUAUACAGAACAAGACGAAAAUUGAUAUCCAUUUGAAGGGGAAUGAAACUGAAUACGAAGUCAAUAAAGACGAGGUUACACUGAAUAUGUCUGGUUCAACUGAUGUUCGCAUAAAGACUGGUUUGGGUUCGUCUAUGAUUCGUUUAUUGAAAGUAUCUAGACCAGAAUGGAAAAGUUUAACUUUUGGGUGUAUAGCUGCAUCGAUUACUGGUGGAAUACAGCCUGUAUUUGCUGUAUUGUAUUCAGAAAUGUAUGCUAUAUUUCAUUCAGCUCAAAAACCUGUUGAGAUGCAAACUAGAGCUAAUUUAGUUACAGGUGUCAUAGCUGCACUUGGUUUAAUUCGAUUGGUCUCGUCUACCUUUCAGGGCUACUUUCUAGGCGUUUCUGGUCAGAAACUUACUCGACGUCUGCGUGAAAAUUUAUUCGCAUCUAUGCUAAGACAGGAAAUGGCAUGGCAUGAUAGACCAGAAAACCAUCCACCCAGUCUAUUAGUUAUGUUAACAUCAGAUGCAAAUAAAGUGAAUACACUAUGUGGUACCUCAUUAGGUCGUUUAAUUGAAUCAAUUGUCCUAGUGUUGAUUUCACUAACUAUCGGUCUCGUUUAUAACUGGAAGUUGACCUUGGUAGUGUUUUUUUUCUUCCCUGUGAUUAUGCUGUCAGGUUAUCUACAGCUUCGUCAGAUUCGUAAAGGUUCUAGUGGUAAUAAAGAAAGUAUGGCUGCUCGCGUUAUUUACGAAGCUCUUUGCUCAACAAGAACAGUACAUGCUUAUAGUUUGGAGAAUUACUUUUAUAAACAGUAUUGUUCUAUACUCAGCUCAGAAAUGGCUGCUGAAAACCGUGCCUUUGUAAUGUAUGCACUUGUUUAUGCAUUAGCUCAAUCAUUGCCAAUUUGUUCAUAUGCUGCUGCAUUUUCCUGUGGAGCCUAUUUGAUGAGUAUAGGAGAAAUCAAUUUGAUAGCAAUAUUUAGGGUCUUCGCUGCUAUCAGUUUUGCUGCUCAGGCGCUUGGUAGAACAUCACAUAUAGGACCUGAAUUAAAACAUGCUUCACUGGCAGCCGAUCGGAUUUUCAGACUUCUUGAUCGGAAAUCCAAUAUACCUGUAAAUGAAGGUUUAUGUCUUGAGCAACCUAUAAAUGAAAUACCUAUUGAAUUCAGAAAGGUUUCAUUCCGUUAUCCAUCUAGGCCGGAAUCUUGGAUUCUAAAGGACUUCUCAUACACAUUCCGACCUGGUCACAAGACAGCUAUUGUUGGACUUUCAGGAUCUGGCAAAACCAGCAUAUUAAGUUUAAUUCAACGGCUGUAUGACGACGAAAGAGGUAAUUCAAACUGUGGUAUAUUUUUCAAUGGUGUUAACAGCCGCCUCAUUUCACCCAAAUGGAUACGCCAACAAAUUUGUGUUGUAACGCAAGAACCACAAUUAUUUAACCUUUCCCUAAUGGAAAAUAUUGCUUAUGGAGACAAUGCGCAAUCUGUUACGAUGGAUGAGAUAACUAACGCUGCACGUCUUGCAAACAUUCAUGAGUUCAUCAUGGGUCUUCCGCAAGGUUACAAAACGCUAGCUGGUCCGCGGGGUAUGCAUAUAUCCACUGGUCAGAAGCAGAAACUCGCAAUAGCACGUUCUCUUAUCCGAAAGCCAAAACUCCUGUUAUUGGAUGAGAUAACUUCUGCACUCGAUCUACAGAACGAACAGUCUAUUCAAAAUAUGUUGGUGAGCCUGCCACAGGACUGCGCAUAUCUAAUGGUUACGCACAGACUGCUUACAACGACACAAGUUGAUGAUAUUUUGGUCUUAGCUAGAGGAAAAAUCAUUGAAACUGGUACAUUCCAUCAAUUAAAACAGACGAGGGGAGCUUUCUUUGCAUUAUUUUGUUCCGAAUAAAGCAGGGAACUGAAGCUUUUAGUUUUUGAAGUUUGGUGCGAAUCGGCAACUACCUCUUCCAAAGCCAUAGUAACUUUUCAACUCUAGACUAUAGUCUACCUUCAUAUGUGUACACUUGAUAUUCUUAACUUAAAACAAAACAAUUCCUUUUUUGUAAACACAAUAUGCAGAAUAUAAUAUUAAUUUCGAACU